AGCAAAACGAUAUAAGUGCGACAAGGCGGAAGGGCCCGACUCCUCGUUAUUGAGCUAGUGCAUGCAGGCUACGAUCAUGCGUGCGGAAGGAUUGGCCUGUGCUGUCAGUUGACUUCUACUCUUUUCACAGCCCUCUCGGGACCUCCUGCUGCUUCAUAGCAACCGUUGACAACAUGAGUACUUCCACACUCAAUUACACUACACCAAGCUUGGACCCCAAUGGCAGCUGCCCCAUCACCGACAAGCAAUCUCAUCAAAUCCAACAUCUCCAACUCCUCAAACGAGAUGAUCGUCUUCGGCACACUGGGGAUUGUGGUCGCUAUUGCUGGUGUAGUCGUAGCGGCUCUUCAACUUCGACGUAUGAUGCGGCAGCGUAAAUCCAUGGCGGUAAAAGUGUACGAGCUUGCCUAAAAGAAGGAAGGGAGCGGAUGUUGGUAAGCUGCAUCAGGACACAUAAGGUACGGGAGCCUUUGAGACGAAAGGAUCUGAGGAAGGGGAGGAUGAUAUCGGUGGC